AUGGAGUGCCAGCAAAAAGUAUUGUUAAGUCUCUUAUCUGAAAAUGAAGCAUGGGCUUUAUUCAAAAUCAAUGCAGGUUUACAUGAUGAGGACUCUACCUUGAACACAGUGGCAAAGAAGGUUGCGAGAGAAUGUAAAGGAUUGCCUAUAGCACUUGUGACAGUGGGAAGGGCUUUAAGAGAUAAAUCUGCUGUUGAGUGGGAAGUAGCGUCUAAAGAGCUCAAAAACUCUCAAUUUCAGCACAUGGAACAAAUUGACGAAGAAAACAAUGCAUAUGCAUGUCUUAAGUUGAGUUAUGAUUAUUUGAAGCACGAGAAAACCAAAUUAUGUUUCUUGCUAUGCUGUUUAUUUCCAGAAGAUUACAACAUUCCAAUUGAGGACUUGACGAGAUAUGCAGUUGGCUACGGGUUACAUCAAGAUGCGGAGUCCAUUGAAGAUGCAAGGGAACGAGUUUAUGUGGAGAUAAAAACCCUCAAAGAUUGUUGUAUGCUGUUAGGAACUAGAAGUGAAGAAUAUGUGAAAAUGCAUGACUUGGUUCGUGAUGUUGCUAUUCAGAUAGCAUCAUCAGAAAAAUACGGAUUCAUGGUAAAGGCUGGCUUUGGGUUGAAGGAGUGGCCAAUGAGCAAUAAAAGCUUUGAAGGUUGUACAGUAGUUUCGUUAAUGGGCAAUGAACUAGCAGAACUUCCUGAAGAAUUGGUGUGUCCACAGCUCAAAGUUCUUUUAUUAGAACUGGAUGAUGAUUUGAAUGUUCCAGAGAGGUUUUUUGAAGGGAUGAAAGCAAUAGAAGUUUUGUCUCUACAUGGAGGGUGUUUGUCGUUGCAAUCACUUGAACUCUCAACGAACCUUCAGUCGUUGCUGUUGAGAAGGUGUGAAUGCAAGGACCUCAAUUGGUUGAGAAAGCUGCAAAGACUUAAGAUUCUUGUUUUCAUGUGGUGCGACUCCAUUGAAGAAUUACCUGAUGAAAUUGGGGAGCUCAAGGAGUUAAGGUUGUUGGAUGUUACAGGUUGUGAAUUGCUAAGAAGGAUUCCUGUGAAUUUGAUUGCAAGGUUGGAGAAGUUAGAAGAACUGUUGAUCGGGGAUGGGAGCUUCAAGGGAUGGGAUGUUGUUGGAUGUGACAGCACAGAAGGAAUGAAUGCAAGUCUAACAGAACUAAACUCGCUGUCUCAUUUAGCUGUAUUAUCAUUGAAGAUACCGAAGGUUGAAUGCAUUCCCAGAGAUUUUGUUUUUCCCAGCUUGCUCAAAUAUGAUAUAGUGUUAGGGAAUGGGUUUUCAAAAACAGAAUACCCAAUCUCGACAAGAUUAUUUUUGUGUCGUAUAAGCGCCGCAUCCUUAAACGCAAAGAUAUUUGAGCAGUUGUUUCCUACCGUGUCUCUCUAA